CCAUCGUGAACCAGACGCUCGCACACCCACCCCAUUCGACUCUCUGCACAGGUGCACCAGAGUUUGAGGAUUCAAAUUCAAAAUCGGGAGAAAUUAGGUGUCAGGUUUGUGGUGGUUGCAUCUACAAUCAAGCAUGGAAGCAUAUGUAAUCAACAAAAACUGUUAAUUUAAGGCAAGAUCUACUUCACAGCUAUGGUUUGAGCACUUUUAUACAUCGCACUUUAUGAAAAGGUGUCAAAAGUCUACACAACUCGAUAACUAAUAAAUGUGUUCUACAGCUUGUUAUUGAUGAUAGUGACUCUAACAGGUACUUUUCUCCCAAAGAGCUGCGAGUAAUUAAAAACAUGCUCAAGCUCAUCAUUCCCAGAGAUGUCUCGGCCGUCUCAAGGUCAUUUCUUGCUCGAGCAUUCGAUCGGAAACUCUCGGUCCUGACAACACAGAGGAGGAAGCUGGAAGGGAAGGUGGCGCUGAUCACGGGGGCAGCCAGUGGCAUAGGGAAAGAAACCGCAGCAAAGUUCAUCACCCACGGCGCCAAAGUGGUGAUCGCCGACAUCCAAGAGCAGGCCGGGAGGGACGCCGCCGCCGAGCUCGGCGAAAACGCCGCCUUCGUGGCCUGCGACGUCUCCAACGAGUCACACGUCUCCGCCGCCGUGGACUUCGCGGUGUCCCUCCACGGCCGCCUCGACAUCAUGUACAACAACGCCGGCAUCCCGUGCCGGACCCCACUCAGCGUGGUUGACCUCGACAUGGCAGACUUUGACCGAGUAAUGUCGGUCAACGCCCGCGGCGUGGUGGCGGGAAUCAAGCACGCCGCCCGCGUCAUGAUCCCCCGCCGCUUCGGGUGCAUACUCUGCACCGGGAGCGUGACGGGGGUGCUGGGGGGGUUGGCCCAGCACACCUACAGCAUCUCGAAGUCCGCGGUGGUCGGAAUCGUGAGAUCCGCCACGGCCGAGCUCUGCAGGCACGGGAUUAGGAUCAAUUGCAUUUCCCCUUUUGCCCUUCCGACGGCCUUCUCUCUCCCGGAAAUGAAGGAAUACUUUCCGGGCGCUGACGACGGGGUCCUCGCCGGAAUGCUGCACGAGUCCGGGGCGCUGGAGGGGGCUCACUGUGAGCCCGGCGACGUCGCGAACGCCGCCGUUUUUCUGGCUUCCGAUGACGCCAAGUACAUCAGCGGACAGAAUCUGGUGGUGGACGGCGGGUUUACAUCAAUCAAGAGUUUGAAUCUUCGGAUGCCGGAUCAAAUUUGAGUUGAUGGGGAAAUAAUGAUUUCUGGGAAUUUUAGUGGUUAAAAGAGAAUAUUGGAGUAGUAUUGCAUAAUUGGUCACAUUUGGGAGUAUUAAUGCGAACCAUUCCUUAAUUAUAAUGAUUAAUGUUAAUGCAAGUGACUAGUCACCCCGGCUUUCUUUGGACAGAUUGGGUGUUUAUUGUUUUAACAUGUAUUUUAAUUUCUAAGAUGCGGGCAUUUGUCUCUUGUUAAAAUAGAAAGUUACCCACACUUUCAUUUGGUUUGAGAGCAAUAGAAAUGGGGUGAUGCU